AACCAAUGUGGAAGUUGAACCCUUCUCUAUCCAUAAACCCUCUCACCCCCCUCCAUUUCGCAUCCACAGCCAUGACGGCGACAACCAUCAUCCGAUCACUACAAACCCUCCGAUCAUCAUCAUCACACCUCUUAACCACCAUGCGUCUAUUCACCUCAUCAUCCUCCAUCACCAAACCUCCACCUCUACCCAUAUUCACCCGGCCCGCUCGCUCUCCAACAUCACUCUCCCACUCUCUCCGACCGGUUGCAACCGGCGCCGUUCGCCUGAACCUGAUCCGGUGCCGCGUGAACCGCUCCGGCGGUGCGUACUCGCCGCUUAACUCCGGUUCGAACUACAGUGACCGACCUCCGACGGAGAUGGCGCCGUUGUUCCCUGGAUGUGAUUACGAGCAUUGGUUGAUUGUGAUGGAUAAGCCUGGUGGAGAAGGAGCUACUAAACAGCAGAUGAUUGAUUGUUAUGUUGAAACCCUAGCUAAAGUGUUGGGAAGUGAGGAGGAAGCUAAGAAGAAGAUUUAUAAUGUUUCAUGUGAGAGGUACUUUGGAUUCGGCUGUGAAAUUGAUGAAGAGACAUCAAAUAAACUAGAAGGGCUACCUGGUGUGCUCUUUGUGCUUCCAGAUUCUUAUGUUGAUGCUGAAAACAAAGAUUAUGGAGCUGAGCUUUAUGUGAAUGGAGAGAUAGUUCAGAGGUCACCCGAAAGGCAAAGGAGGGUGGAACCAGUUCCAAAUAGAGUUCAAGACAGACCCAGAUACAAUGACCGGACUCGUUAUGUCAGGCGUCGCGAAAAUAGCCGGUAAUCUGCAUACCAUAAACAUGUUAUAGUUAGCUUAUCUAUUGGCAUUUGGAAUAUUAUUAGUGGAUUGGACCGAUUUGUUAUGUUUCUAGCUAAAGUAUUUAUAUCGAGUUUGCUUUGUUCUACGUAAGUCGUUCAUUUUGGACUUCUAUCACAAGUUGAACCAUUAUAACUAUUACUAAACUUUGCUUGGAGAUUUGUAUGUUCAAAUUGGAGACUUACUUCCUAAUCAUUUUGUACAA